AGGGAUCUGUCAGUGUUUUAAAUCCCCCCAAAAGGCGGAAGCAGCGAGUGAACCGCAGGAGGAAGAGAGACAGAUCGACAGACAUUGAAAUAAUACAAUCCAGUUUGAACAGCUGAGACAGGAGCAGCUCCGGCAGACACCAGCUCUCUGCUGUAUCCAAGCGUGGGGGAUACAGAGUAACACAGGGGACCAAAAGUGCAACAUUUGGACAUCACCCAUCGUUUCACCUCAGCUCCUGGCCCAGGAUUUUUGUAACUGAUUUUACAAAGCCGUGAUGUUCUUCCCCAGUAAGAAAGAGACUAAAUACCUCUACUUCAUUUUAAUGGAAGACUUGCCUGUCAACGACCGUGUCUUUCCUGCCGGGAAUAUUGCCCUUAUUGCCGAGACUGACUACCUGAAGGAGAUGCAGGCCGAGCCUCAGGCACCUGGCCGCAAACUGAAGUUCCACCUGGUGGAGGCAGAUGUGCACCUCGCCCUGGAGGUGGACAGCCUGCACCAGCUGAGCCAGCAGGAGGCGGGCUUGCUCCAAGCAGUCAGCCCGUCCGCUCGCCGCUUCAGCCUCUACCUGGAGAAGGAGAUGUUGGAAAACGCACGGCAGAUCCGCCAACUGGACCUAGUGACUGUCGAGUACAAAUCCAAGUCACUGCCUGGGAUCGUCAGGUACAUCGGAAGCAUAUGCGACAUGCCGAAGCUUUCCGGAACAUUCUUUGGAAUUGAGUUACAGGUGGAGGGGGAAGCAGAGGACCAAGAUGACGGAAAGUUUGGCGAGCAGCAGUACUUCCACUGCAAGAAGGGGUGCGGCAUCUUCGUGCCGUUUAACAAGGUCACGCUGCGAUGGAGCUUCGGGGAGGCGGGAGGUGUGAAGACCCACGACGUGCGGGUAGAUCGCUCCGUGAACACUGGAGACCGGGUGGUCGUCUGCGUCGAAGAGGAAAUGAAAGGGGGGACGGUGAUGGGGUUCAUGGAUGGGGGCUUGGCGGUACUGGUCAACCUCGAAUCAGACCAGGUGAACGGAGAGGAACCGAAGAUGCCACUGAGGGUGCCGCUGCAUUCCAUAAUAAAGGAAAACAUGCUUCUAACUGUCGGGAGCAUCCGGCGGAGUACCUCCAGAGAGAGCCAGGUCUUGGGGGAUGGAGGCUGGCUACAUGAGGGCCUGAACCGAGACCUCGUGGAAAAUGGAGGGAGCCGGUCAGAUCGCUACCUGGGAGUUAAAUCUGUUGUUCAAAUCGACAUGGGAAAAGGGCAGUUGAUGACUGGAGUCAUCCAGUGGAUGGGUCACCUACCAGCAAUGAUGGGCGAAAUUGCUGGUGUCGAGUUGGAUGAAGACAAAGGAUUUUCGGACGGGACCUGGAAGGGGCAUCGAUACUUCCAAUGUGCAGCCAAAAGAGGCAUCUUUGUCCGAGCAGCAUCUUGCCAACCCGACACCAGGUUCCAGUCUCUGGCUAUAACUCUGGAGGACCCAGAGCGAACCACCAACCGGGAGAGCUGUGUGGUACCUGUCAUCCUCCCUCCUCCAAGGAACGAGGAGGCUGUCCGGAUCCUGCAGGGAAGGAUGCGCGGGAUUCAGGGACACUGCAAUUCCUGCUACAUGGAUUCUGCUCUCUUCAGCCUCUUCUCCUGCACCUUGGUCCUCGACUCCAUGCUUCACAAGUCCACAAACCAUCAAUUCGGGCACAUCCAGCGGAUAUUGCGGGAGGAAAUCGUGAAUCCGCUUCGUAGAGACGGGUUUGUAGACUGUAAGAAGGUGAUGAACCUGAGGAAGGAGCUGACACAGUGCGGCUACUGUGCAGGAUUUACUACCGAGGAGAAAGAUCCCGAGGAGUUUCUCAAUGUUAUCAUGCAGCAUGUUCUGGGAUUGGAGCCAUUACUCAAACUGAAGUCAGCAGGCCAGAAGGAACAGGAGUGUUACUGUCACCAGAUAUUUAUUGACAAGGACGAUGAUCUCAUUGUUCCCACAGUGCAGCAGCUGGUAGAACAUUCCUUCCACAGUAACCAUCUCAAACUGGCCGAGGUUCCAUCUUGUUUCAUAAUCCAGAUGCCUCGCUUCGGGAAGAACUACAAAAUGUUUGAGAAAAUCAUCCCAUCCCUGGAGCUCGAUAUCACUGACCUGCUGUGCGACAGUCCUAGAGAGUGCUGUCUGUGUGGAGAGCUGGCUGCUCAGGAAUGUGAAGAGUGCUUCAAGGACAAACUGUUCUCAAAAACAGGACUCAAGCAAUACUGUGACACAUGCUGGUGUCAGGUACAUUCCCACUCCUCCAGAAGAAGCCACCAGCCCAUGAAGCUUAAAUGCCCAGAUGAGUUUGCGCGCACCGGCAAGACGAAGGUGCCACGGGAGAGGAUGCAGCUCUUUGCUGUGCUGUGCAUCGAGACCAGCCAUUACGUGUCGUUCAUCAAAUACGGGCCUGAAGACCAUCAGUGGAUGUUCUUCGACAGCAUGUCCGACAGACACGGUGGUGAAGGCGGGUAUAAUAUCCCCACGGUGACGCUGUGCCCUGAAGUGGCGAAAUAUGUCAAAUCUUCGGUGCAGCUGAUCAAAGAGCAUCCGCGUGACAUGGAAGGAGUUGCCAAGCGACAACUGUGUGACGCCUACAUGUAUCUGUAUGAGAACCCUCGGAUGGCCGUGUACAAGUGAUACCCCCGCCCCCAGCUCACCCCACCCCGCACCCCCCCACCAAAACAACGGUGGUUUGCAGAGACAAGGGGGGUCCGGGUAGCUAACUUUAACAGAAGAACAAAUUAAGAUGAACUUCCACCAUCGGUCUUGCUGCCAGAUGACCACAAAGAGUUAGAGAUGAUCAUCAGGGGGCGCUGGUGAGCUGAGACUGGCACUGAUCGUCAUUGAGGGAGAUUCGAAGGCAGGGGUCAAGCGAGGCUUUGAGCAGAGGAGCAACUGGAGCCCCCGCCUCUGCUUUCAUCUGAUUUCCAGCCACGGAGUUCAGUAUUUGAUGACUGACUAUGCCACCUAUUCACAGUGGAACCGACCUCUAGUUUUGGUAAUGUUUCUUUGCUCUCCCCAAUCCCUAUGUUUGGAGUCACACUUGUGCAUCCUGAUUCAUGCUUCCCGUCUCAUACUUGUUGUAAAAGCUGCUGCUUUCCUAGGACAGGAUAACGUUUGCCUCUUGCCUUGCAGAACUUUCAAACAACAUUAAAAGUUUGUGGUGACCCCAAUUUUGAAAA